CACCUGUAAACUGUUCGAUCAAAUGUCUGAUUGAAGCUUUCAAUUGUUUUCAACACUGUUAUAAGACGAAAUAUAUAUUAUAACUCUACUAUUUUGAAGAUUAAGAAACCAAGUUGGUUCGGUGCUAUAUGUGAAAACAAUGGCAGCUGCUUCUUCCACCACUUGCAAUAACCUAAACCUUCCCAAACUCUCGUCUUUGUCUUCUUCUUCUUCUUCUUCAUCGAACUCUGUUUCCCAUUUGCCAUUCAAGUUCCGUAAAACUACUUCUCGUACCUCUAUCUCUUGCACCCUCAUUCGCGACCCAGUAAUGCAGGACCCGCCUCCGACCUUAGAUCUGCCCCGACCCGACUCUUUUGGCCGUUUCGGUAGGUAUGGUGGCAAGUAUGUCCCUGAAACUCUCAUGUAUGCGCUCACCGAGCUCGAAACCGCUUUUCAUGCUCUCGCUGGUGAUGAAGACUUUGAGAAAGAGCUGAAUGGGAUUUUGAAGGACUAUGUUGGUAGGGAGAGUCCUCUCUACUUUGCAGAGCGGUUGACUGAGCAUUACAAACGUGCUGAUGGGAAAGGACCUCAAAUUUACCUGAAGAGGGAAGAUCUCAAUCACACUGGAGCUCAUAAAAUCAACAAUGCCGUUGCCCAAGCUUUGCUUGCGAAGCGUCUGGGAAAGAAACGUAUCAUUGCUGAGACAGGUGCAGGUCAGCAUGGAGUCGCCACUGCUACUGUAUGUGCUCGGUUUGGCUUGGAGUGCAUCAUCUAUAUGGGUGCACAAGACAUGGAAAGACAAUCACUUAAUGUUUUCAGAAUGAGGCUUCUUGGGGCCGAGGUGAGGGCCGUUCAUUCUGGGACAGCGACAUUAAAGGAUGCUACAUCGGAAGCUAUAAGGGAUUGGGUGACUAAUGUGGAGACAACCCACUACAUUUUGGGUUCUGUUGCCGGGCCUCAUCCAUAUCCGAUGAUGGUCAGGGAGUUCCAUAAAGUGAUUGGUAUUGAAACAAGAAAACAAGCACUAGAGAAAUGGGGUGGAAAACCAGAUGUGCUGGUGGCAUGUGUUGGUGGAGGUUCAAAUGCAAUGGGACUAUUCCAUGAGUUUGUUGAAGACAAGGAAGUUCGGUUGAUAGGUGUUGAGGCUGCUGGUUUUGGAUUGGACAGUGGUAAGCAUGCUGCAACAUUGACCAAAGGUGAAAUUGGUGUGUUGCAUGGUGCUAUGAGCUACCUACUUCAAGAUGAUGAUGGACAGAUAAUUGAGCCUCAUUCUAUCAGUGCAGGCUUGGAUUAUCCUGGUGUUGGACCUGAGCACAGUUUUCUUAAGGAUGCUAGCCGCGCUGAAUACCACAGUGUUACUGAUGCUGAAGCAUUGGAAGCUUUCAAAAGGUUAUCUCGACUAGAGGGCAUUAUCCCAGCUUUGGAGACUUCUCAUGCACUUGCUUACUUGGAAAAGUUGUGCCCAACUCUCCCUGAUGGAACCAAAGUUGUACUGAAUUGCAGUGGCCGAGGCGAUAAGGAUGUUCACACAGCCAUCAAGCAUUUGCAGGUUUAAAAUUCCAUUGAUCAGAUGAACCAAAGGCAGUUGAAAGCUAUUUAGACUGUUUUUUCUUUCUGGUGGGAUUAUGGUUUAGUAAUAAUGGGGAAAUGGCUUUUGUAAACAGACAGAGCAGAUCAUACUCUCUGUUGUUUCUUUAUAAUAAAUGUUUUUUAAUAGAAAUAUUCUAAACUUUAAUUCAGGUUCAAUAUAUAUAUAUUCAAAGUGUUCUUUUCUA